UUUUAUAAUGGAUUGUGAAAGUGGAAAGUACCUUAUGGAAAUCCCCACUGGCUUUUAUGUACUGCUUACAAUCGAGCUGAACUAGAGUAAAGACUUGGACGUGUUUUGGACGCGUCUCGCGCGAGCAGUGAAAUCCAGUGGAUCUUUAAGAGCGCUAUGGACGAUUAAAGUGGACUGAGUGAAGUAGCAGUAAAGCCUGAGCAUCUUAUGGGCUUUGUUGGUGGAUACCGACAUAUUGAACAGAGCUAGAUUGGUUCCCCACUCCAGACUACCAUGUCUCAGGGCCAGAACUUCCUGCCCAAGUUCCUGUUUGUGAGUAACCUCCUGAAGGCCGUGAAAAUCCGAGAGCGGGUGCCCAACGAUGUGGUGAAGCCCUCAUCCAGCGGCGGCCUGAUCCAUCACCUGCGCAGCAUGCACCGCUACACGCUGGAGAUGAUCCGCAUGAGCCAGUUCCCGCAGGCCUUCCGCGAGGUCAUCCAGGCCGCCAUCUUGGACCGGGCCAUGCAGAGCUCUCUGGAGCAGGAGAAGAGGCUGAACUGGUGCCGCGAGGUCAAGAAGCUGGUGCCGCUGAGGACCAACGGUGAUGGGAACUGCCUGCUCCACGCGGCGUCCCAGUACCUGCUGGGGGUUCAGGACACAGACCUGGUGCUGCGAAAGGCUCUUUACACAGUGCUGAAGGAGACAGACACUAGUAACUUUAGAGGGCGCUUUCAGACCGAGCUGCUGCACUCUCAGGAGUUCACUCAGACGGGCCUGCGAUACAGCACUCUGAACUGGGAGGAGGAAUGGGUGAAGAUUGUAGAAAUGGCUUCUCCGGUGUCCAGCAGUAAUGGCCUGCAGUUUGACUCAUUAGAGGAUAUUCACAUCUUUGUGCUUUCAAAUAUUCUGCGGAGACCAAUUAUUGUUAUUGCAGACCAAGUACUUAGAAGUAUGAAGUCUGGUUCGUCCUUUUCACCCCUCAAUGUUGGGGGCAUAUACCUGCCUUUGCAUUGGCCUCCAGGAGAAUGCUACAAAUAUCCCAUAGUGCUUGGCUAUGACACCCAGCACUUUGCACCUCUGAUCACAAUCAAAGACAGCGGCCCAGAGAUCCGUGCUGUGCCACUGAUAAACCCUGGACGGGGUGGGUUUGAAGAUCUCCGAGUGCACUUUCUGACAGAAAAGGAGCAGCAACAGAAGGAGAAGUUGCUGAAAGACUACCUAAUGCUUAUAGAGAUCCCUGUCAUUGGCCUGGGCUGCGAUCCCACACAGAUCAUCACCGCAGCCAGACUGGAUGAAGGCAACCUACCUGAGGACAUGAACCUGAUGGAGGACUAUCUACAGCUGGUCAACCAUGAAUAUAAGCGCUGGCAGGAGGAUAAGGACUCUUUAUGGGCCCCCCAAUCCCAGCGUCCCCCUCCCUUCUCAGUCUCCCAGCUCUCUCUGAUUGAGAUCCGCUGUGCCACCCCCCGCUGUACCUUCUACGUCUCGGUGGACACUCAACCCCACUGUCACGAGUGCUUCGAAAAGCGUCAGGCGGGUUGCAAGCCGGAGGCCAUUUCCACCACAAAUCAAACCUCGUCCUCGGACCCCGAGAGCCGAGGGAGGCUGGAGCGCUCCGUCCUGCCCAGCCCACGCUCUGCGCCCCCUACGGCCCCCAGUCUAAGCCUUUACAGUGAGACUCAUGCCAUGAAGUGCAAGACGCCUGGAUGCUUGUUCACACUCAGCGUGGAGCAUGACGGGCUGUGUGAACGCUGCUUUACGGCGAGGCAAAACCGAACGGCUGCUAAUGGGCCACCGCAAGGCCCCUCUCACGGCUGGUGGGCGACAGGCAGCCGGGAGCGAGAGAAGGAAAGGGAGAGAGAACGGGAAAGGGACACCGAGAGGUGCGUUCUGUGCCGACAGGAGGUCUUUAGGAUAUUCAACGGUCUUUGCCCACCCUGCAUGCAGAGGACUGCCGUUUCUGAGAUGGGGGACACCCAGCAGCAGGAGCCCAGGACCGAGGCCUCAGUAUGGGCGAUGCACCGGGAGACGGAGCGCACUGGGACAGCCGGCCACACCUGGCAGACGCCCGCGGCGCGGCAGUGUAAACGCUCCGGCUGCCAGUUCUUUGGGACGGCAGAGAAGUUGGGAUUCUGCACUAUAUGUUAUCUAGACUACCAGACCAAUCACCUGGCCACUCCCGCUCUUGUCCAGCCCAGACACACGUCCGAGGCGGGCUUCCAGAACUGUCCGCGGUGCCGGGGUCAGGGCUGCGGCGCCGAGGGAAAGGCCAUGCUCGAGGGUUACUGCAACAAGUGCUUUGUGAAGGAACAGAGUGCCAGACUCAACCAAGCUGCUAGCAGGGGCUCUCAAUCCCCACCUCUCGUCACGCGGGCCUCGAAACCACGUCCUCCUCCGAUGCUGUCCCAGACACAGUGUCGGCGCAGCGGCUGUAAGAACCUGUCCCCGGGCUGCACGGACCUCUGCCCGGACUGCGUCAGCCGCGGCCAGCGAGAGGGUCGACGUGCACAGGCGCCCAAAGAGAAGAGCAAACAGCGCUGCAAGACGCAGGGCUGCGACCACUACGCCAACCAAGAGAAACAAGGCUACUGUAACGAAUGUGACCACUUCAAGCAGAUUUACCGGGGCUGACAGAACAGUUCGAUGUUAAAACGUGCCCAGUCCAUCGCACGUCCACGUGCAUGCUGGUGAACUCUCUUACACGAGGAACUUUUUGCCCAAAAUCCCCCACCUACAUUGGGCAGGGCCUUAAGAGCCCGGUGGUGAUGUAGAAUUGGUGAAUACCUCUUAAAUGAAGUUUUGGUCAUUUGUAUCAAGUGUUUAGGACUGUCGUGAGAUGUUAGCAUACAGAAACUAAUGAUACACAAUGACGUCUAGUUACACACACCCGUGGCGUCCGCUGUUUAUGUCGAACAGGGUAAUCAAUCGCAAAUGUUUGUUGAAAAAUUGAGGAGAGCAUGUGUAAGAAUUAACAAUUUCAGAUUAGUGACAAAAUCGAGUUAAUUUACCGAAAGAUGUGUCAAAUCCGAUGUACAUCGCCACUGUGGACUGCAGGAAGUACUGGAAUAAGACGUACAGGGUAUGCAGAGACCACCGAAGGACAGCAUUUGAUAGUUUCUUCAUAAAAUGUAGGUUAAGUGCCAAUGAGAGCUUGCUAAGCAGAGCUCGACUUUCAUUUCCUGCUGCACCAUCUGAUGUCUGCGAGCAGCAUGGAUCUGUUGCCUUCGAGAAUGUUUUUCUUUACCAUUUUCACAAGUCCUUCUUGCUCUUGAAACUGUUUUUCACUUUUGCUUGCCUUGUUAAACUUCAUAUGACGUGCUCUGUUCUAUUGAAUGGAUAUGUUCAUUUCUCUGUGGCUGAAGAAUUCCUUAAGUGCAAUGAAAACCAGAUACUUGACACCUCCCCGAUGUUUAGAGCAGAUGAAAUUAAAAUAAGCUGAAGGGAACGGCCGUGCCAAAAAGAGAGCGUCAAAAAUUCUGACAAAGCGAAAAAAACCGAUGAUAAACAGCCAGGCGAAAACGAAUCAAUCUGAAUGUAAACGCCCAGGUCCUAGAUCUGCGAACUCCCCAUUCGCCCACUUUCUUUCGGUUGCACUACUCUCCUUUAAUCACACAAUGCCUCAGUCUAUUCUUUGCAUACAUUUAGUAUGCACAAACUGACAUUCUCUAUUUGAAUAUUUCUGCAAUAUCUGCACAGACGUACCGAGAAGAGAUCGAGCUGGCUCCUGUGGCAUCAUUUAUAAAGAAAUAACUGUCUGUGUUAAACAUUCCCAUCCUUGAAGUCCAAUGUUGUGUGCAAGCACAUUUAGCUUCGUCUACUCGAGAAUUAGAUUCAUAUGGGCCUAUACACAAAUGUGCUUGGGAUAAAUGAUACACACAAGACGAAUCUGCAGUCGAAUCAGAAACUCAAGAGUGUCUACUCUUCAACUACUGGAUCUGUUCAGUCAGUUCAGAUCAUCACAAACUUGCACAAUACUAAAUAAGCUGCUCUGGAAUUAGGAACGGUACUUCUGACAUACAGUACGUAGUGACAUUCCAGUUAUAGACCUAGAGGAACAUAGAUGACAAGAUAGAAAUUUUGUGCAACCUUUCAUAUAGAGUAUUGUAUGAAAAGCCUUGUUUUUUGGUUUGUUUGUAUUUAUUCACAGCAAAUAUUAACUGUAAUGUGUUUCAAGAAUUAUUUAUAUGUGGUCCUGGAAUAAAUUAUUUUUAAUAGAAAAACAUUAA